CACAACUCAUAUACUUUUCUGGUGUACUCCGAAGCAUGCUUUACAAACCUCACAACGACUAAUUAAUUAUUUUCCUUUUUGAUAAAUUUCUCCGCAAAAACAGGACUCUCUCUUUCUCUCUGUCUGACUGUGUGAAAGUUCCACGUUUGGGUGUUUAAAUUUUUGAAUUUCCACUCGAAAUCCCCUACCCCAAUUCCAUUGGAUUUCCUUCCCACGGCCGACCUUAUUGUUUAGAACCCAAACGCUGUCCUUCUCGGCAGUGGCAAAUGAGGGGGAUAUCCAUAAGUCACUCUCAUCCCAGACCCUGCUCUGGGAAGAAAACAUCAAGAAAGGACAGGAAUAAUGGGGAAGCUGAUAAUGUCAUUCUCAUCGAUGUAGAUCCUGAUCAUUUCGACAAUGUUAUUAUCAUUGAUGUCCCUGAAUCUUUGCCUAAGAAAUCCCGAGGUUCAAGCUUGCUCAGGAAAGACAAAAAGUGGCCAUUUGUUAUAUGUAUUGAUGAUGAUGAAAGCACAGAUGACAACUGUUCUGGUAUUGGUGUAAAUGCCAAUGGUAGUUUCUCUAAUAGUGCCACCUGUAGCAAGAAGUCUUGCUUUGCCUCCAAAGAGUUUGAAAAUGCUGCAGAUUCUGCUGGUGAAGAAUGCCAGUUUGUUCCAGGAAAUGCGACUCCAGUUAGGUUAUCAAAAUGCAAGCGCACCUACUCUGGAAAAGCUUCCACUAGAAACGGCUAUGGUCCAAGUGUCAAUUCAGAAGGUGAUUUAUCUGGUAAAGAUUCUCCGGAUUGUGUGAUAAUGGAAGAUUCUUCUGGAGAGCUUCAAAAACAGUGGGAAAAGGCUUUCUUCAGGAGAAAAAAAGAUAAGUGUAAUGGUAUAUAUGAUGCUAAAGGCUGUGAUGAUACUUCAAGGGCUUCCAAUGAAAAUCACCACCAGAAUGUUACACAGGAAAUCAAGAGCAGAAAAUAUGAGGAAGCCCCAUUUUGUUCUAGUACUAGCAAAUCCAGUGAAGAAAAUGAAGCUUCAUCUCCUUUUGUUACAAAAGAGGAUGACAAUUUCAGCAGCACAUUUUUUAAGGAUCCUACCCCUGAUGAUAUUUCUUUGCAGUCAGUGCUGAAAACACACAUGCAGUAUAAUCAGCCUGCUAGUAAUGAGAGAUCACAUUCUGGGGCUGAAUAUUCUCCUUUCAACUUUACUGAGCAGCAGGCUUCCCAACAUUAUGAUUUAGGUAGUUCCAGCUGUCACAAGAAGCAAAACCAGCACUCUCCUCUGUCUCAUUUUCCUUGUCAUGGACAUGGAACUAAGCAAGUUAAUCAUACAACUUCUCUUGAAGAUGAUGAGGAAUUCAUGCGCAAGCAUCAAAAUUCAUUUGAAACUAAUAUUGAUCAUGACAGAUCUACUGUAAGGGCCAGAGCUGAGAAGUUUCAAGAGAAAGUUACUGUUAGUGAUAAGGAUAUUGAGCAUUCACAAACCUGUGAACCAGGUGCAACUAGCAGUGUCAAGGAAAAGGAGAACUUAAUGUCUGAAAAUUCUUCAUUUGUGCACUUUUCUUCACUGAAUGAUCAAGUUAAAGAUGACGCUACUAGAGUUGGACCUGUCUCUGAAGAAGCCUUCUUCUGUAAAAACUCCUCUCUUGAUCCAAAAAAUGUAAUUGACAAUAGCAAGUUGGUUCCAGAGAUGCCAUCAUCCUGCAAUAGGCAUCUUAAUGAAACACAAGCUAGAGAGGAUGAUUCUUGUUUGGACGAGGCUGCAGAAAAGCUCAUUGAACCUGUAUCAAACAGUCUUAGGGUGGUUGAAAGAGAUUAUUCACAACAUACCCGACAUGGAGAAAAUUCGCAAGGUGUUGAGACUUGUAUCAUUAAUGAACGAGAAAAGCUUAAGGAAACAGAUGAAUACAAAAGAGCAAUAGAAGAAGAGUGGGCUUCUCGGCAUCGAGCAUUACAAAUUCAGGCUGAAGAAGCACAACACUUGAGGCAAUUGCGGAAGAGACAAAAAGCUGAAAGCAUGCGUUUGUUGGACAUGGAAAGAAGACAAAAGCUGCGGGUGGAAGAAAUACGUGAGACUCAAAAGAAGGAUGAGGAAAAUAUGAACUUGAAGGAGGCAAUUCGUACCGAGGUCAGAACACAACUUAAGAAAUUGGAAACCAUGUGCCAUGAUAUGGCUUCUCUGUUGCAUUACUUAGGAAUCAAGAUGGCUAGUUGGCCUCAUCCAUCACCACAUGAGAACUUGCAUUGGAUUGGGCUUGAAGAACUGCUGUUCUUGAGUGUUCAGUGGCUUUCACAUUCAAACAAUAUCUUCAUCCUUGCUAAAAGCAAACAGCAUGUCCAUGGAUCUUAUGGGAAGUUCACAAAAUAUUUACGCAGCUGUGUUUAAACAGUUUGAAUCUAUUAUCCUCGCUGAUGAAACCUCACAAUUAUAAAAAGUUCAUACGUGCAUAUUCUGUUGUGAGCACUUGGCACGCAAUAGAGUUGCAAAUUUGUGGGUGGCUAUUUUAGCUGAUACUGUACUCAAGUUAUCUGCAUCAUUUACAGGGUUUUGUUGACUCAUUCAAUGAAAUUAGGAUUCAUCACCAACGAAAAGAUUCCCAUACAUGCAAUUGCACGACUUUAAGCAGUUUGUUUAACAACAAUGUUUCUCCUUGUGGUUUUAUUGUCUUCACAUUUGUAUUAUGUUCUGUUUAUAUUUCUGUCCAUGUUAAGUAGACUAUCAUUUUUCUUUUAAAGUGAUUAGUGAAAAUUCAUUACAUUUUCAGGUACAAAUAGCUUAUAAACGGGCCUUGCUUACCUUUCACCCUGAUCGAGCCUUGGGAUCUGACAUUCGUCAGCAGGUGGAAGCUGAGGAGAAAUUUAAGCUUAUCAACCGCCUGAAGGAUAAAUUUUCAGCUUCUGCACGACAAUAAUGUUGUGUAUUCACACUGUUAUGGGGUUGAGCUAUUUGGCUAAUGUGCUGCCAAUGCUUUGGGUGCUUCAUACAGAACCCAUUUUGGACAGGUGGGCUGUUCUUCGAGACGUGAGCAAAUCUUGAUGAUAGAAAUAAUUAUAUCUGACCAAAAUAUGUAGUUUUGAAGCAAAUUAUGAUCUUUCAUUUCAUUUCAUUUUUUUGUAAUGAUAAUUUUUUAAUAACUUGAUGUUCACAAAAUAUGUUGCUUUA